AUGGAUGACGAUAAAGCGGCCAAACUCAAGAAGAAGGCCACCGCUCACCGAAAGUCUCUCGAAUGCGAGUACUGCAGUAGAACCUUCGCUCGCUUGGAGCAUCUCCAACGCCAUCUCCGCACCCAUACAAAGGAGAAGCCCUUUUCGUGUGACAUCUGCUCCAAGUCUUUCGCCCGAAGUGACCUUUUAGUGCGACAUGAACGUUUGGUCCACCCCGCCGAGAGCGCUGCCAGUCGCGAAAACCGCACCCAUAAUGGCAACGACAACAGUCAGCAUGGAAUUCCACUCCAGUCGACGAUAAUUCAGCCUUCCCAUCAUGAGUCGCGCAUGCUUGAGUUAGCCGAUGCGAUCCCCGUCCACACUCAAGUUCCUCCGCCGGCUCCCGAGGUACAGGUCCAACCACCGUCAAUUGUCGACACCCCGCAUUUCAAUCCGUCCUGGGGAUAUGAUCUGAAUUUAUUGUCUCAUGCAGCGAGCCAUGUUGCCCUAGAAGGUCAACAAGAGAGUCUCGAAUCGAUUCGGAAGGCGCCCCAUUCCAUCGGCACACCUUCCCAAUCACUUCCUGCACCAGAGAGAGCAAUCACCGACAACUAUGGUGUGGAGCCCUCGUUCUUGGAUCUAACAGACUUGGGUGACCCAGUUCAAGAUUUCACGGUCUUCUUAGAAAGUGUAGGCCUUUCGUCGGAUUGGGAUUCUGGGGUAUUUUCGUCCGUAGAGGAUCCGAUGUUACCGCCGGGCAUGCCGGCCAUGGAAACUAAACCUCAAAUAAGAGACACGCCUGUAUCCGCAAGAUUAGGGGGGGAUCUUCUGGGUGAUCCACGUGGCGCGCCAGAUGAACCGCCAUCGUUUUCCAAUUUCGGGUCUCGGCUACCCUCUCUGCAACCCGAGUCGCAUGAGAUCGAGGAUCGCAUUGGGUUAUCUGAUGAAGGUACGCGACCAGCGUGGGACAUCACUAACACCGAUCGACAAAUAUUCGUUUCGAAAUUGGAGGAAUUCUCUUUUGUUCUCCCAAAGGGAUUCGUUCCGCCGUCGCGACAUGCCCUGUCUCGUUUCUUUGCCGGUUAUAUUAAUGGCUUGAACGAGCAUCUGCCUUUUGUCCACGUUCCUACAUUAUCUAUAGCCAGAUGUUCCCCAGAGCUUACUCUGGCAACUGCGGCUGCUGGAUCUCACUAUCGCUUUGAAAAUGGCCGAGGAAUCGAGCUGUUUCAUGCCGCAAAGGCUGUCUUAUUGGAACGCCUCCGCCGAAGAGACAGCCGCCAAGUGGCUCAACCUUCAUGGAAUCAUAUCUCUCCUCCAUCAGCAGGGCAACACAAUUCCCGAAGUUCUUCCAUGAUAUCUGCUGGUAGCCCCUUUCAAUCACACCAUAUGCCCAAUCCUCCAGUUAAUCCAUCUAUUUACACACCAGAUGACUCAGAUGCUCACAUGGAGGUCAUUCAGACUUUCUUACUUUUGACCGUGUUUGCCUCCUGGGAGAGACACCCGGAGCUAUUGCGGGAAAUUCUCUCACUACAAAGCACUUUGGCAAGACUCGUGCGAGAACAUGGCUUGACUGAAGUGCCCCAAAACCCAGAGCACAUGACAUGGGAAGAAUGGGUUCGCCGAGAGGGGAACCGGAGAAUCAAGAUGAUUGUUUACUGUUUCUUCAAUCUUCAUUCAAUCAUGUACAACAUCCCGCCGUUAAUUCUCAACGGAGAGCUGAAAUUGAACAUGCCCUGCUCUCAUGAUCUCUGGAAAGCAAGCAACGCUGCCCAAUGGCGACGAAUAUAUCGCAAUCGUCAAGGAUUCGACGUGUCUUUCCAAGAAGCCUUUGCUCGACUAUUCCUGAAAUCCUCUACCUCUCUCCCGUCCGCCCCAAUCUCUCCGCUUGGAAAUUACAUCUUAAUCCACGCCAUCAUCCAGCAGAUAUUCUUCGCUAGGCAACUAUGCCUGUCAGCGCCCAAUUUACAGGGUACUAGUUUGCGACAAGAAGACCUUAAUGCUCUAGACAACUCGCUGAGUGCCUGGAAAGCGUUGUGGAAACGCACCCCCGAAUCCAGUAUCGAUCCUCAGAACCCAGCAGGCCCUAUCGCAUUCACGUCGACUGCCCUAUUAGGUCUUGCGUAUAUCCGUCUGCACGUCGACUUGGGCCCUUGUCGGCAUCUCAUAACCCAGGACCCAACGCAGAUCGCAGGGGCACUGGCCGAAUCACCGCCUAUCGUCCGUAGCCCGCGGCUGAUCAUGGCUUUACUGCAUUCAGCGCACGCUCUCUCGAUCCCGGUACGUCUAGGAAUCGAUUUCGUGGCCCGCACCCAUUCUUUCUUCUGGAGUAUCCAGCACUCGCUUUGCAGUUUGGAGUGUGCAUUCCUGCUCAGUCGCUGGUUACUUGCUAUACCUGCAACGCAGCCAGAGCAGCGCCUGUCAGAUCAUGAGCGAAAGCUCUUAUUAUGGAUCAAGAGCAUGAUGGAUGAGACCGAAAUGGCUGUUGAUCCACCCGGAGCACCCGAUAUGGAUUUCAUAGCGAAUCCAUUCAAGGUGCGUCAGCUCAGUGUGGCUAUCGUCCGUGUAUGGGCUAGGACGUUCAAAGGCAACACAAGCUGGGCCAUUGUGGAUCUGGUCGGGUCAAGCUUGGACGCCUAUGCAGACCUCCUGGAAGGUUGA